AUGGGUACAGUUCUUCCUAAAGGAAGACUUGAACUAACUCCAGAAAACAAAAUUGCGCUACAGAAUAAUGCCAAGGCUAAAAACAUUUUGAUUUGUGGCCUUGGUCCUGAUGAAUACAAUAGGAUCUCGUCUUGCUCUACUGCUAAAGAAAUUUGGGACACUCUACAAACUGCUCACGAGGGUAUGAGUCAAAUGAAAAAAUGUAAGAUAGACUAUCUGAACAGAAAGUAUGAACUAUUUAGGAUGAAAGAUGGUGAAACUAUUCGGGAGAUGCAUAACAGGUUUACAUCUAUUAUCGACGAAAUGGACUCACUUGGGGAGUAG